AUGAAGAAGGCUAAGUUGAUUUCUUCUGAUACUAUCGUGCUGGAAGACAUAUCUCGUGCCGUGUUCAUCACAAGAUUCCUAGCAAUUCAUGAGCUCGAGGACAAGUUUGCAGUGGGGGCUAUUUCUGGGCCUCCAUUCAGGAUGUAUUGGACAGGAUCAGUUGGUGGUAAAGCUGGUGCAACUACUAUCAACAACAUCCAUCAAUUUUCUGUGGCUCUGGCAGCGCUCUUGAAGAAAAACAAGACUGUUUGCCAAGUGGAAAUCGAGUUCAAUAUCGACGAGAUGGAUGGCUUCCGCAUUCGCACUCGUCCUAUUCUUGCAUUAAAUAAUUCCCAAGAAGGUGAAGAUGAGCUUGAAUAUUGCCCAUUUGUUAAUGUUGUCUACGUCCCACACAUCGAAGCCUUCUCUGACAAGACCCAGCUCCAUGGAGCCAUCAUUAUUCAACUCAAAGCAAAGUGGCUGUGUGCUGAACACCAGGGCGAGAGUGGUGGGAUUGGUUAUUGUUAUGUAUCCUCAACUGGGGAACAUGUUGGCCUCAACAGUCAUCAUUUGAAGAUAUGGGCUACUGCUAUGGCUGCAUAUGAUGCAAUGAAAAAUGAACCACCAAAUACUGUUGAUUUUGACGGAGUUUGUGAUGGACAACUUCGUACAUCAAAGCCCCGUGACCGAAAUACUUCUCAUACAGAGGGUAAUGCAUCAAGCGAGGCAGCCUCUCUUAUUAUGGCUAUCAUGCCUCUUAUCACAGGCAUGUCACAGAAGCAUCUGCGCUCCCCAUCUCUAACUCGAUCAACAUGUCAUGCCUCCAUACAACUUUCACCACUCCCUGCAUCUGGAUCUGAGCUCCAUGCCUGUUUGUGUGACUUCACUGAAGCCACAGAUAUUGAUCUUGCUAGCUGUGAGGAUUCAUUGGUGGUCAUGGAGUUCACACCAGACAUAAUUCCUGAUAUCCCUGUUGCUCGUCUUUGUGAGAUUAUGGGUGUUGUAGAGGGUCAUCUUCGGAAGUUGCAGAUGUUCUGCAAAGACUGGAAUAGCUUUAAUGUCUCUCACUUUGCUAAUCACAUCUCUUAA